AUGGAGACAGCUGCUGGGCCCCCUGCUGCUACACCUGCAGCAAAAGAGUUUGCUGCAUGGGUGUGGGCAGCAGGCGGUAGAGUUAGGGGUCUCCACAAGCACACACAGCGUGAGGAUCUAUGGGUAGGGGAUCUCAAGAUACUUGCUGCAGACACUGCAAACAAACAGCAGCAGCAGCAGCAGCAGCAGCAGCGGGGGGUGCUGCAGCAGCAGCAAAAGGAGAGAAAAUGCUGCAGCGAAUGGCCGGGUGCAUACACCAGAGGAGACAGCAGCGUGGAGACGAAGCAAAGCGGCGAACUCGCUCUAGCCCCUCCAGCAGCAGGAGCAGCAGUAGCAGCUGCAGGAACAGCAGCAGGAGCAGCAGCAGCAGCAGGAGAAUGCGGGGAGAUAAGAGAAGAGUACGAGAAGAUGUAUCCAUUAGAAAUGCUGAGUCUAACAGAUGAGGAGCAUUUGGGGUGUCUGUACAGCUUGAUAAAGAAGGAGCCGCUGGCUAUUGCAGUAUACUUAUUCCGCUAUGUAUUGCCUUCUGUCAUGAUGCAUGCAGCAUUUCAGCUGUCUGCAUCAGGACAAGAGAUAGGAGGAGACAGUCUCUUUUCAAUUCGUAUCGGCUUCUCGGGUACCCCUUCAGAGCUAUUACCUGAAGGUAUGGGGCCCUGUCAUUAUGAGGAAGGGACAGACGGCCGCGUGCUCCAGCUGCUGUCGUCUCCUUCUGUUGUCUCCUUUGAAUUACUGUCUCCUUCUUGGACUGUCUCCUCGUUGCUGCAGCGGGUAGCCCAGCAGCAAGAUCCCCCCGUGCAUGCAUUGAUAGAUACUGGGGCUCUUAUAUGCGGCAUCAGCAAUUUUGAUGUAGCGCUGCUGCUGCUGCAGCAGGGGCUUCCGCAUGCAGAUGGAGUUGUUUUCCUUGAUAAUAGAGACAGACAAAAAAUACUUGACAUUAAGCAGGCAGCAGAUGGCCGAGCGUUUGUUACAUUAGGCAAAGACUGCACAUUUAGAGACAUCGCUCAAGGGGCCUUUCGCAUGCGGGGCUUAGGGAGGGGACAGACACUGCAUUAUCUUAUACCCCCGGGUGUUGCUGCUCUUAUAGAAAACCACGCUCGCCUUGUAGGCGCACUCGCUCCAUCAGCCUCACUGUUUAACCAGCAGCAGCAGCAGCAGCAGCAGCCGCAGCAGCAGCAGGGUCUGCAGCUGCACGUGCAGCAGCAGCAGCAGCAGCAGCAGCAGCAGCAGCAGUUUGCACCGGGAUGUUCGUUGCUGGGGGAGAUUUGCUGCUGGCUGGUGUCGAGACAAAUAGCAGAGGAGUGCCUGCAGCAGCGGCUGCUGUACGUACAGAGCGCCAGCAAUGUCUGGAGGAAGGCUGCGUUGCUGCUGCUAAAGGAGACACAUGCAGCCCUUGGCACUGACGAAGUGUCUCCUUUAACUCAACAGGCCCUCGCCGUCUUUCUCGAGCCUCUGGACUUCUCUGUCCCCUCUCGAAUCCCACUGUCUCUUCCUCUUAGUCUUAGGGUUCGGAAGGCUGCACUGCAGCAUGAGGAUCUGCUGCAGGCAGCAGAAGCAGCAGCAACAGCAGCAGCAGCAGCAGGCGCAGCAGCAGGGGGGGAGGCGGGGAUCCAGCUAAGGCCGCACCAGCUAAUAGAUAAACUCGUGGGGCUGCUGGAAGAAGAAGAAGCAGCAGCAAGGAGACAAGCAGCAACAGGCAGCAGCAGAGAGACAGGCGGAGAUGCCCUUCGGCUUGAGGGGCUCGAAGCAGAGAUUGAAGGCGAGGAGCAGCAGCAGCAAGAAGAGGAACAGGAGCAGCAGCAGGAGAUAGAGCAGGAGAAGCAAGAGGAGACAGUGCAGGAGACAGAAGAAGCAGCACCUUUAAAUUAUACUCGAGCUGGAGAGACACCCCGCCCUUGGCUAAUAGCUUCACUGUCUCUUGACCCUCAAGAGGAGACACAAGGAUUUUACUCUUCUUCAGGUUUUUCUGUUGCUUCAGCACUGCAGCAGAAGCUGGCGCGGCUGCAGCAGCAGAAAGGAUCGUCCGGUGCUGCAGCAGCAGCAGCAACUGCAGCAGCAGUUGCUGCUGCUGCUGUCUCCGGAGGAGGUACUGUCUCUGCUGCUGCUUCGGGCCUUCCCUUCCCUUCUUAUCUCCUCAUCAGCAGCAACUACUUCAAAGGCGAGUGGUUGUUCUCUUCAGCUCCGCGCAGAUUAAAAAAUGUUAUUCUUGUGAUGCAGUGGGUGCCCGAUUGGCAGAAGGCCCAGCAGCAGCAGCAGCAGCUGCAGCAGCAGCAGCAGCAGGUGCUGCAGCAAGCUUUUGAGUGCUUCACUCACGGAGACACGGAGACACUUGCUGAACGCGACCUCCCAGAUUUCCUUGGGGCUUUGCUGCUUCCUGCUGCAACACCUGCUGCUUUAGAGUCCCUUUGCUGCUACAUUAAGGCCCUUGUUCUGCAGCAGCGCGCGGCUGAUGCUGCUGCUGCUGCUGCUGCUGCAAAGCCCUGCAACAGCAACGGACCCCUAACAGUAAACCCACCCAUCAAAACCUCUAGAGACACCCCAGCGCUGCCUCAGCCCUCUGCUGCAUGCACACAACCAUCUGGUGCUGCAGCUAAGCAGCAGCAGCAGCUUUCUGUGCUACAGAACCUGUGGCAGCCGCCUACUCCCCCUGCUCUAAAGCAGCAGCAGCAGCAGCAGCAGCAACAGCAGCAGCAGCAAGCCACUGAUCCUCUUGCAGACCUUUUCGGGUCUCUGUCUGGAGGAGACAGCAGCAGCAGCAGCAAAAAAGGAGACACCUUUUCUCCCCCCGCUCCUGUCUCCUCCCCUCUUUCGUUCUCAAAGGAUCAGAGCGACCUACUGGGCCUCUUCGACUUCGCGGAGCAGCAGCAGCAGCAGCAGCAGCAGCAGCAGCAGCAGCAGCAGCCGCACAGUGUAUUGUCUUCCGCCUUCGCCUUCCCUCCCUCGUCUCAAAAUGCCAGUACUCCUUUAACUUCCCAGGCGCCUCAGCAGCAGCAGCAGCAACUACAACUACAGCAGCAACAGCAGCAGCAGCAAGAAAUGCAGUUUACAUUGUCGGAGUUGUCUGCAGCCCUUUCGGUGUCUCCUUUCUGUGCUGAGCAACAGGGGCGUUAUUUUGUGGUCCUGACGCUCGCAGAAGGCGAGGCAGUGAGAGCUGCUUUGCAUGCGCGCCAGCGACAGCAGCAGCAGCAGCAGCAGCAGCAGCAGCAGCAGCGGGAGAGGGGAGAGGAGGUUUCUUUUGUGGCUGGGCAUCGCGUUGCAGUGUGUCUGCACAAUCUAACAGCAAACUUUGCGAUGAUAGAUGGAUCUCCUUUAUUUAACCGGAGAGACGAGAGAGUUGCUGCUGCUGCAGGACUGCAGCAGCAAACAGCGCAUGCAUGCCUGCGCUUCAUUAACAGUCAUAUGCAGUAUGCGGAGCCCCAUUUGCUGCUGCUGCAGCGGGUCCUCUCGGGUGUCUCCUCUAAAGACAGACAAGACUUCUUUUUCUCAAUUCGUCGCUGCAGGAGACGGCAGCAGCACGUGCCUUGGCAGCAGCUACCUGUAGCUCAGCUGCUGCUAGCAGCAGAUGGGGGAUCGCAGCUGCUGCAGCACAAGGCCUUUGUUACGCGCCUGCGCGAGAGACUAAGGAGGAAGCAUCUGUCUCCUUAUGAAGCCUUCCGCCUCUUCGAUGUUCUUAAUAAGGGACAGCUAACGCAUGCACAGUUUGCUGCUGGUCUACGGUGGCUGGGGCUGCAGCUGCAGCAAGACAAGGAAGCAGAGGUCUCCAGCUCAUUUGACUUAGAUGGAGACGGAUUCAUUAGCCUCAACGACUUCCUCCUAUCUGUAGUACAAACAGGGGGAGACACAGCAGCAGCAGCAUCUGCUGCUGCUGCUGCAGCAAACGCUGAUGCUGCGCCACCAGAAGGAGGAGCUGCUGCUGCCCAAGGUCCCCCUGGGCACGUCGCGCUGCAGCAGCAACGGAGCGAGGCCUUUGAUGGCGCCUCUACUGCUGCUGCUGCUGCUGCUGCACUGUCUGCGGAUGCCUCUACUGUAGCAGCAAGCCAGGAGUCUCUGCUGCAGCAGUGGGGUGUAAAGGAGACACUUCCUCACGAUUUGCUGUCAAGGCUCAAGUUUCGGCUGCAGCCCCACAGUUCAUUCGAAAGGAUUUGGGUGGGGCGGUUGCCCUGCGCAGACAGCAGCAGCAGCAGCAGCAGCAGCAGCAGCAGCAGCAGUGCAGUUUUCUCGAUAUGGGCCCCCAAGCAGCUGGAGAGUAAACACCGAGGGAUGAUGCGACGUAACAGGGAACGGAUCCCGCUGGGGCAUUUUCUGUGUGUGGGGAGCGACAUAUCGAAGCCGCAGCAGCAGGGAGCAGCAGACGGAUCAGCAGGAGCAGCAGCAGCAGCAGCAGCAGCAGCAGCAGGCGGUGGGGGGGGCCCUUUAGUCCUAGAAGCAGCAGAUGCAGGAGCUUCUUCUAUGGCUGAGAGCGCAGCAUUAUCAAGGGCAAUAGAUUGUCUCUUUCCCUCUCCUAUUACAUACAAAGUAAUAUGGAAGGAGAGUGUCUCUCAAGCUAUGUUGUUGCUCAACCGAGGAGACAGUUCUUCUGGUGUGGCUGGGGGCCCCCAUGGGGGCCCUUCAGCAGCUCAGGGGGCCCCCAGUGGGGGGGGCCCCCUAACCCUGUGGGCCCCUGUCCCUCCUUCAUCUCUCUUUGAAGCUUUAGGGGUCAUUGCAACGCGGGACUGCAGAGGGGACACUGCAUAG